CCUAAAAUAUUAGUACUAUGAUAGUUUAAUUAAAUAGUGAUUGAUGCUUGUAUAGAAAUGUUAUUGAGAUUCAUUUUUUGCAGGUGAAGAUAUACAAUGGCAUUGUGAAAUUGAGGUUGAUAAAUCCAACUGGACUAAUCAAAGGAAUAGCCUAUAAAGAUAUUCAUAAUGUUCUUGAACAUGAGUUCAAAGAUCAUGAAAGAGGGUCACCACCAAUAACUUAAUCCUGAUUUAUGGACUAAAAACGGAGGUUGAUUUAUUUAAAUUUGUUGGUGUAAAUGUAGGUAUUGGGAUAUUGUAUGGACCAGGCCAGAGAUUGGCAAAAGUAAUUUUGAUAAGUAACUAUCCACUACUCUAAAAUACUUAUGUCAUCAUAGAAGAAGAAAAGAGUAAUUUUUGGGUUUGGUACAAGUGCAGGCUGGAAUGCACAGAAUUCAGGAUUAUUGCACAAAGUGAUGAACAAGUUGAAGUUUCAUUCAUCAAGAGAUGGAACGUUACAUUAGGUGAUAAUCUCGUCCCACUCAAUGUGGACAAGAGGUACUAGUGUUUUAUCAUACAAAUUUGUUAUUAUUUCAAGUCGUAGUAGUGAAUUUUGAUUGUGGAAAGCAGGUACAUAAUGUUGCGCGGAGAUUCAGGGUUCUACUCAUACGCAAUAUACGAACAUUUGGAAAAUUGGCCGGACCUUGACAUAGAGGAAUCAAGAAUCGCAUUCAAGCUUGAUCAAAAGAUGUUUAACUACAUGGCGAUUUCGAAGCAGAAGCAGAGGAUGAUGCCCACAGGGGCUGAGAGGGCUGCUGGUAAAGUUCUUGCUUAUAAAGAAGCAGUUCUCAUAACAAACACCACUCAUCCCAUCCUCAAAGGUCAGGUGGACGACAAGUACCAAUACUCGUGCGACAACAAGGACAACCACAUGCACGGAUGGAUGGGCUCCGAUCCCCACAUCGGAUUCUGGGUCAUAACACCUAGCGAUGAAGUUCGAGUGGGUGGUCCCAUGAAAACCGACCUUACUUCUCAUGCCGGUCCCAUUGCCCUUGCCAUUUUCUUAAGUAAUCAUUACAUGGGACCUCAUUACGGUAUUAAAUUACGCGGCGGAGAGCAUUGGAAGAGGGUUUUUGGCCCCGUUUUCAUAUACCUCAACUCGGAUUCGGGUAAUGAUCAUCCAACUUUGUGGAAAGAUGCAAGAAACCAGAUGUUGAAAGAAACAAAGAAAUGGCCGUAUGAUUUCCCGUCUUCGGCUGACUACCCUAGUGCGAAGCAACGAGGACAAAUCUAUGGUCGCUUGCUCAUAUACGACCAGUAUAUUAGCACUCACCUAAUCAAAGCAAGAUCAGCUUAUGUAGGAUUGGCUCCGCCCGGAGAUCAAGGAUCUUUUCAAGAUGAUUCUAAGAGCUAUCAAUUUUGGACACGGUCAGAUAAAAAUGGAUUCUUUACCAUCGAACAUGUUCGCCCCGGAACUUAUAAUUUGUACGCUUGGGUUCCCAGAGUCAUCGGGGACUUUAAAUAUGAAGAUAAUAUUGUCAUGAAUCCAGGCAGUAAGAUUGACAUAGGUGACAUUGUGUACAAUCCUCCAAGAAGUGGGCCCACUCUUUGGGAAAUCGGUGUUCCUGAUCGAACUGCUUUCGAGUUCUAUGUCCCGGAUCCGCAUCCUGGGCUUACUAACAAGCUAUACAUCAAUCACGUCGAAAAGUAUAGGCAGUAUGGCUUAUGGGACAGAUAUACAGAUCUUUAUCCUAAAAACGAUCUGAUUUACAACAUCAACGAUAGUGAUUAUAGAAAAGACUGGUUCUUUGCCCAUGUUACAAGGAAAUCGGGCAACAAUAAAUACAAACCUACGACAUGGAAGAUUCUAUUUAACUUAACGAAUAUCGACAACGUUGGAGUCUACACACUCAGGAUUGCCCUAGCAUGUGCCAACUUGGCGAAUAUACAAGCAUGGAUCAACGAGCUGAAGACUAGCACGCCCCAUUUCUCAACAGGGAAAAUAGGCCGAGACAAUGCAAUAGCAAGACACGGGAUUCAUGGGAGGUAUUGGUUGUACGGAGUGGAUAUAGCAGGAUCUCAGCUUGUGGAAGGGGAAAACACCAUCUAUCUUAAGCAAGCAACGGGGAAUAAUCCUUUUGUUGGUGCUAUGUACGAUUAUAUUAGACUCGAAGCUCCCUCUCAACAAGAUCAAGACUAAUAUUUAACACAUACUCUCAUUAAAGCAGUUUAUUUUCACAAAUUUUUAGCUACUCUUAGAUGCCUAGAUAACUAAAAUUUAUAGCACAUGUUUGGUAGACAUUUUUGUUCA